GAGCUACCCACUAGCACCAUAACAUCCCAUAACUCAGCAUAACCCUCCAUAACCUGAUCACCAACCUCGGCUUCAUCCUUUCUUCCCAUCAGCAUCUCACACGAGGCGCCCUGCAAACAUGUCUACUGAUUCGUCUCUCAAACGUGUCCUCGUCACUGGCGGAGCUGGCUACAUCGGCUCUCAUGUCGUAUACGCCCUCCAAGCCACGCGAAGGUACAAAGUAAUCUGCAUCGACAAUUAUCACAACUCCUAUCCCAAAGCCCUGACCCGCUUGACUCAAAUCGCCCAUGACGCUCUUCCAGAGAACGCUACCGAGCAGGACAAGGAUUCUACCGAGAUCGACUCUUACAACGUCAAUCUUACUCACCCGGAGGAGGUCAGGGCCGUGUUUGAGAAAUAUGGCAAGGGUGGCAUCUGGGGAGUCAUUCACAUUGCGGCCUACAAAGCUGUCGGCGAGUCGACAGAGAUACCUGUGACAUACUAUCACAACAACGUCUCUGCGACGAUUUUCCUUCUCCAGGCCAUGUCCGAAUUCGACUGCACGCGUUUCGUAUACUCGUCAUCUGCGACUGUUUAUGGCACCCCGCCGAAGGUCCCAAUCCCCGAAACGACCCGUCUGAAGGCGGACAGCCCGUACGGGAAGAGCAAAGUUAUGUCUGAAACAAUCAUUGAUGACUUAGCACACGCUGAACCCGAGAGAUGGCGUGCUAUCUCUUUGCGUUACUUCAACCCUGCAGGGGCCCACCCAUCUGGCCUCAUUGGAGAAGAUCCCCGAGGACGGCCUGGGAAUUUGCUGCCGCUCCUUGCCCAUAUGGCAAUUGGUCGUGUAAAGGACGACAAACUGCGUGUCUUCGGAAACGAUUAUCCAACCCCAGAUGGCACUUGUGUGCGCGAUUACUUACACGUUCUCGACCUCGCGUCCGGGCAUCUCCUCGCACUUGACGCGCUUGCUCCCGAGUCUACCAUAUUCGACAACUGCCCCGACGAGGCCAGGUACAAAGCCUAUAACCUCGGAAAGGGCAAAGGUAUGAGCGUGUUGCAGAUUGUCGAUGCGAUGCGGAAGGCGACAGGCUUCGAUUAUAAGUAUGAGAUUGUCGGUCGGCGACGGGGCGACGUCCCUGACCUUACUGCUGAUCCGUCCCUCGCAGAGAAGGAGCUCAAGUUCAAGGCGCCGCAAGAUCUCGAGACGAUGUGCAAAGACCUCUGGAACUGGCAGACGAAGAAUCCACUGGGCUACGAAUCGGAACAGUAGGCGUAUUGCUGCACGGCGUCGAUCACACUCGCGUUUUCGUGCAUCGGAACGGACGCCGGUAGGCCAAUUAUGAAUAGAAAGGAAGUUGAUUUAGAAAGUUUGUUGUAUAUCGUCGUAUCGCCCGGAGGCUAUGUACCGCGACUCAAUAGUCAAGAAUCACAGUUAAUGCAGGGUUCGUUUUCUUUCUGG